GUCCAGAGGCGAACAGUUUGAAAUUUCACAAGAAAGUCAGUGGUACCAUGGCACGCACCAAGCAGACCUCCCGCUCGUCUUCGGGUGGCAAAGCGCCGCGGAAGCAGCUCGCCGCGAAGAAGACCACGCGAAAGCAAACCCCUCUAUCUGGCGGUAUCAAGAAACCCCACAGAUAUCGUCCAGGUACGGUGGCGCUGCGCGAAAUCCGCAAGUAUCAAAAAACGACCGAACUCUUGCUGCGCAAGCUGCCGUUCCAGCGCCUCGUCCGUGAAAUCGCGCAGGAUUACAAGACGGAUCUUCGAUUCCAGUCCACGGCCAUCAUUGCGUUGCAGGAAGCCACAGAAGCGUACCUCGUGGGUCUCUUUGAAGACUCCAACUUGUGUGCAAUCCACGCCAAGCGAGUCACGAUCAUGCCCAAGGACAUCCAGCUCGCUCGGCGUAUUCGCGGGGAACGCGCAUAGGCGACUGUAUAUCUUGUGAAGGAAUGAAAUGCCCACAUUUGCUUAAUACACGCUCCAUGUAUCGAGUGUCCGUGGUCGCAAUUCUUCCCUCCAUCGUGGCAAACUCGGUGAAUAUGGCAGCAGUUUCUCGCAUG